CAUAAAAAUGAAACCAAUCUAACUGGUUCAAACACAACCAACCAGUGAGUCCCCUCCUUUCUUCUUAACAUCACAAUCUAUGGCAGCAACCGUCGGCAACCUCUCUUUCCACUCUCCCUUCAUCCACCGUAUCUCCACCACAAACCCACCACCACCACAGUCCAUACCCACCACCAGACCACCACUCUCAGCUUCACUAACCUCUCAUCCUCAAACUCUAAACAUCCCCCCCACCCCUGUUUCUGUUUCUGUUUCAACCACCAGUACCAAUCUUAGAGUUGACUUUCACCACCUAGAUCGUCUGACGUCAUCUCCGGCCCGUUGGUUUUCUCCGGUGGAUGCCGGUUCAUCCCGGUUGCAUAACUCUCCUCUUCUUUUAUAUUUACCUGGGAUUGGUGGAUCUGGAUUUGGUCUAUCUUUGCAUCAUCCGAGACUUGGAGAGAUGUUUGAUAUAUGGUGCUUGCAUAUACCUGCUUCGGAUAGAACACCAUUUCCGGAGCUAAUAAAGAUGGUUGAAAGCACUGUUAAGUCUGAGAAUUACCAAUCACCUGAGAGGCCAAUAUAUCUUGUGGGGCAGUCUUUUGGCGCUUGUCUCGCACUGGCUGUUGCAGCACGCAAUCCUCAGAUUGAUCUUAUCUUAGUUUUGGCCAAUUCAGCUACAUCUUUCGAUGGCUCACAGUUGCGCCCUUUGAUACCCGUGUUAGAAGCCAUGUCAAAGGAACUCGAUGCUCGCUUAGGUUAUAUUCUCAAUAUGGUGCCAGGCAUAGGCAUGGACUCGACAGUGGCACCAGAAAUCUCAAAGUUUCUUACAGCAAUGUCCUCUGACCUUCCUGGCCUAAGCGAAGUAUUUUCUGUGAAGACACUUGUAUGGAAACUGAGGUUGCUUGAUUCUGCUUGUUCAUACACCAAUUCACGCCUACAUGCCGUCAAAGCUCAGACACUAAUUCUUUCCAGUGGCAAGGAUCAGUUAUUACCAAGUAAACAAGAAGGUGAAAGACUUCGCCGUCUAAUACCAAAAUCUGAUAUCCGUACGUUUGACGACAGUGGUCACAUGCUCUUCAUGGAUCAAGAUUUUGACUUGGUUACUGUUUUAAAAGGCGCCAGUUUCUAUCGCCGAACAAGGAAACUUGAUUAUGUAUCAGAUUACUUGCCACCGACUGAUUAUGAAUUUAGAAAAGCAAGAGAAUCACACAGAUUUGUGGAAGCGGCUUUCGCUCCUGUGAUGCUGUCAACUUUGGAAGAUGGAGAGAUUGUUAAGGGGCUCUUGGGGAUUCCGUCAGAGGGUCCGGUAAUAUUUGUUGGGUAUCACAUGAUGUUGGGGCUUGAGUUGGCUCCUCUGAUCGCGCGUAUUUAUGCUGAUAGAGGGAUUUUAGUGCGCGGGAUAGCGCAUCCAUUGAUGUUUAACAAGUUGAAACAAGGACGAAUGCCUGAUAAUUCAAACUAUGAUACACACAGGCUUAUGGGAGCGGUUCCUGUGUCAGCAACUAACCUGUUUAAACUGUUGAAAUCGAAGUCACAUAUCCUUUUGUAUCCGGGUGGCAUGCGUGAAGCGCUACAUAGAAAGGGUGAAGAGUACAAAUUGUUCUGGCCAGAGCAGUCUGAGUUUGUCCGGAUGGCUGCUAGGUUUGGUGCGAAAAUCGUACCUUUCGGUGUUGUUGGCGAAGAUGAUAUUGGUGAAUUAGUUUUCGACUAUGAUGAUCAAAUGAAGAUCCCCUAUUUAAGAAGAUUCAUACAGGAAAUAACCGAGGAAGCGACACAGCUAAGGAGUGACAUUGAAGGAGAGGUAGCAAACCAAGAUGUACACUUGCCAGUGAUGAGUCCCAAACUUCCGGGGCGGUUUUACUACCUUUUUGGAAAGCCGAUCGAUACACAAGGGAGACAAGAGGAGCUAAGGAACAGGGAAAAGGCACAUGAGUUGUAUUUAGAGGUGAAGUCAGAGGUAGAGAGUUGUCUUUCUUAUUUAAAAGAUAAACGAGAAAACGAUCCCUAUCGGAGUAUAUUAUCUCGCUUGGCUUACCAGCUUAGACACGGCCUAGAAACCGAAAUACCGACGUUUGAACUGUAGAAUUCGGUUUCUAGUUAGAAGAAAUGCUAGCGAUGCUAUGCUGUGCUAUUAUACGCGAUACGGGUAGAUAGGAAAUAAAUGUUGUGAUUGAUUAGUUUGUAUGAAGAGUAUAAGAUUAAGAUACAUGACAUAUGCAGAUCAAGCAUUACCAUUGUUUGUAAAUCCCCCCAAACACAUGCACGUAUACAUGACAUCAAGGACUAUAAAGAAUGUGAGCGUUUCUUAUUUCAUGAUGAAUUUGCUUGUAAA